CACAUAUCCGCCGCCGCCGCUCUCUGAAUAGCUGCAACCAUGUCCAAGGGCACCAAGUACCUGCUGGUGUCGCUGCCGACGUCCAUAACGCCCUCGAACCACAAAGACGAAGCUCUCGAGGCCCUGCGAGGCACCGUGACCUCAGAUGGCGGCAACACGUACUCGUUCCCGAUACCCGAGUUCAAGAUCGGGACCCUCGAUGCGCUGGUGCAGCAGGCCGACGACCUCUCCAAGCUCAAUUCGGCAUGUGAAGGCGUGGUAGCCAAGGUUGGCGACAGCUUGCGGGCGAUAUUGGAUGAUGACGACAAGGCACAACAACAGAAGACAAUCAACGACAAGCCGGUUGACCAGUACCUACGGUCGUUCCAAUGGAACAAGGUCAAGUACCGGGCAGACAAGCCCAUUGCAGAGCUGAUAGACUCAUUACAGAAGGAACUGCAAGGCAUCGACAACGACGUCAAGGCUAAAAUCUCCCAAUACAACCAGACAAAAGGCGCCCUCGCCGCCGCCGAGCGGAAACGGACCGGCAACCUCGCGACAAAGUCUCUCGUAAACGUCGUAAACCCCUCUUCCCUGAUCCAAGACUCGGAAUACCUUGAUACCCACCUCAUCGCUGUCCCCAACCUCGCGGUCAAGGACUUCUAUAAGUCCUACGAGGAGCUGGCGCCCAUGGUUGUGCCGCGCUCAGCCAUCAAGCUCGCCGCAGAUGACGAGUUCAACCUUUUCGCAGUCACAACAUUCAAGAAGCAUUCAAACGACUUCGUACACAAGUGCAGGGAGAAGAGGUGGACGCCCAGGGAGUACAAGUACAAGGAGGGCGGCAAGGAAGAGGAGGCCAAGGAGGCGGAGCAGCUUGCAAAAGACGAGAAGAAGCUGUGGGGCGAGGCGCUGCGGUUGGGCCGGACGGGAUACAGCGAGAGCGCGAUGCUUUGGAUCCACGUCUUAGCGCUGAGGGUGUUUGUUGAGACUGUGCUGCGGUAUGGACUGCCGCUGGACUUUGUGUGCGGCAUAGUUCAGACCAACGCCAAAGCAGCAAAGAAGGCCAAAACGAACCUCGACUCGGCAUACUCAUACCUCGGCGGCAACGCAUUCGGCCGCGACAACAAGGGCCGCAUCAAGAAGGACGAUUCGUCCAUGGCCACGGAUAUGCAACAAGCAGGCCACACGGGAGACCAGGAGUACACGGCAUACGUGUACUACGAGUUCGAGGUUGUAUAGUUGCACAUUCCGCAGGCGAGGUACAGAAGAGUUUAGGACGUGAUAUUGCAUAUAAACAUUUCCCAUCCCGGAUACUUCCAGCGAGUUCAAUGGAAUUUUUUGGCAUUGCUAUCUUGGCAUAAGCCAUUUACGACAAGC